CUCGAAAAGUCGAAAGGACACCAACUGUAAGGUAGCAGCUGGUCUGCUGAGCUGUUCCAGCUAGGUACCUUAUGUAUGCUCCAUGUCUGAGGUGGCCUCGUGCUGCCCGACAGGCUGCCCGUGCCGCUAGCUGAUCACCGCCUUGUCCGGGCCUCAUGUUAUCAGGUCGGGUCCCGUCAUCUCUUUAUUAACUUCAACUCUACCCAGUUUUCGGCGCUGUCGCCUUCUCUAUUGUUCCCACGUCCAAACCCCCCCCGCGACACCAACUUCCCCCAAGACAGCCGCCGGAUCAGAGGGUGAUCGCCGACAUACCGGAUCAGUCCGUCUUUCGGAAUCAAGAUCAAACGCAGCGACUGUGAUUUGCGCCGAGAUCUGUUGUAAUACUCACCCAGGAUGUUUGACAUAUUUGCCAAGCUCCUCUCCUCUAUAGCAUCCUUCCUCUUCCCGUUAUUCGCCAGCUACAAAGCCCUCAAGACAUCCGACCCAGCCCAACUUACACCAUGGCUCAUGUACUGGGUUGUCCUCGCCUGCGCGCUCCUCGUUGAGUCCUGGACCGAGUGGUUUCUCUGCUGGAUCCCCUUCUACGCCUACCUCCGCUUCUUCUUCCUCCUCUACCUCGUCCUCCCCCAAACCCAAGGCGCCCGGUACAUCUACGAGGAAUACGUCCACCCGAGACUCGAAGAAAACGAAACCGCCAUCGAGGAACUGAUCGCCUCGGCCCACGAACGUCUCAAAGCAGCAGGUGUCGCCUACCUCAAGCAAGCGAUUGAAUACCUCAAAACCAACAUCCUCGGCUUCCCCCCUUCCCCCGACGCUGCCUCCUCCGCUUCCGCCUCUCAACCUACUCAACCUCAAACUCCGCAGUCAUACACCCAAUCCCUCCUCGCAAAAUUCACCCUCCCCUCCGCCCGCUGGGGCAGCACAGCAGGCGCAACACCCCCUUCUCACACCGCCAGCCUCGGCUCGGAUUUUUACUCUUUCCUCGCCUCGGCCGUGUCCGCUGCUGCCUCGGCCUCUGCUGCUCCCUCAACCCCGACACCGCAGCAACAGCGACCAGACUCAUGGUCAAGCAUCAUCCCCCCUUCUGUCCGUGGAGCGGGCGCCUCAGCCCGUAUUUCGUUUAUUCAAGCUCAGCGAGAGAGACUCAACAUUGUCAUGUCGGCGCUUGACCGGGAGGAACAGGCAGCUUUGCAUGAUAACCGGCCGGGGUCGGUGUCGCAGGAUGGGUCCCCCAGGUCGGCCAGCGGUUUGUCCAAGAGCCGAUCAGAGCAGGAUUUUGAAAAGCUAGAGGCCGAGAGUGGGGAGGAGGAUGAGCCGAGGGUCCACAGGAGGCAGGUGCCGGAGAGGGGUACGUCGACGGGGGGUUGGAUGCCGUGGGCUUGGGGACAGGGGGGGAAUACUGCCGGUACUGGUGGGAAGAAGGAGGAGCAUGGGAGGAGCUCGGGGUUUGAUGGGGGACAAUAG